CGGAAGCAGCGCAGCGGUUCACGCAGGGCGCAGUGAGCGGAGGCGGGGAAGGCGCAGCAGCAGCAGCAGCAGCAGCAGCAGCAGCAAAGGACGAGGGGGCCCUGGGGGCCCCCGCUGAGAACCUGGACAUGGAGGGCAUCAGCAAAAGAGAUGUGGACUUAAUUGUUUCGCAGUUGGGCUGCAGCAGAGAAAGGGCAAUUGAUGCUCUCAAGAAGCACAACAAUGAUCUCGUCGAGGCCAUUCUAGACAUCACUGCUUGA